GUGGGAGUUUAAAGCCCCCCGCUGUCGCUUCCGCAUUGGGCCCGCCGGGUUCGCCUUCGCCGCGGCUGCUGAGUUUAAAACUCCUCGUUCUCUCCUCGUUCUCUCCUUGACUCGCUUAUUCUUGCUGGAAGUCGGAGCGACGGCGAAGCGGUUGGUGAUGGGGACGCGGUCGGACGCGAAGUGGACAGCACGGACCGCGUCGACGUCCCGCGAGGAGGUGGAGGAGGAGCGGCCUCUGCUGACGAGGGCGAGCGACGAGCACAGGAAUGCAGAUGGCCGGCGAUGCAGGGGCUCGUCGUCUGGCCUGGCGGUCUUUAACCUCACGCAUGCCAUCAUGGGCAGCGGGAUCCUGGGUCUCGCCUACGCCAUGGCACAGACGGGCAUCGUGCUCUUCAGCUUGUUACUCGUGCUUGUGGCCUCUCUGGCUGCUUACUCCAUUCACCUGCUACUCAAACUUUGUCAGCAAUCAGGUGUCAAUUCCUACGAAGAUCUGGGAACACUCGCCCUUGGCAGAAAAGGCAAGAUCAUGGCAGCUGGUGCUAUUAUCCUACAGAAUAUAGGCGCAAUGUCUUCAUAUCUUUUCAUCAUCAAGUCUGAGAUGCCAAAGGUUAUCAGGGGCUUCUUGAACUAUGAGCCAGCAGCAAAUGCUUGGUACAUGCAUGGGACCUACCUCCUGCUGCUGCUGGCUCUGCUGGUGGUGCUUCCCUUGGCCUUCCUGCCAAAAAUUGGGUUCCUCGGCUAUGUCAGCUGCGUCUCCGUGUUCUUCAUGCUGUUCUUUACCAUUGUGGUUAUCAUCAAGAAGUUUUCAGUGCCCUGUCCUUUGCCUCCCACCAAUGUCACACUGGGAUACUAUACGCUUUACAAUUCAAAUGCCAGCAAUUCAUCUGACGAUGCUUGUUCACCAAAGCUCUUCACACUUUCCCUCCAGAGUGCAUACGCAAUCCCUACAAUGGCAUUCUCCUUCCUGUGCCACACGUCCGUGCUGCCCAUAUACUGCGAGCUGCAGAGGCCUAGCACAGGCAAGAUGCAGAAAGUGGCGAAUACGAGCAUCUCCCUGGCUUUUAUCAUCUACUACCUUUCUGCCAUCUUCGGAUACCUGACUUUCUACAGCAGCGUGAGCCCGGAGCUGCUGGAGAUGUACGGACUGCUGACACGGCACGACUCGCUGGUGAUGUCCGUGCGCCUCUGCAUCCUCAUGUCUGUGCUGCUCACCGUGCCCCUCAUCCACUUCCCGGCUCGGAAGGCAGUGCUCAAACUCCUGGCUGACGAGCGGCCCUUCUCGUGGCUGCACCACACCCUGGCCACCCUCGCGCUCAUCACGCUCAUCUUGAUUUUGGCCAUCUUCGUCCCAAACAUUAAGGAGGUGUUUGGUUUUGUUGGUGCGACCACCUCCACAUGCUUACUCUUCAUCUUCCCGGCCCUGUUCUACAUCAUUGCUAGCCGGGAGCCACUCCUCAGCCCACAGAAAAUGGGAGCGCUGAGUUUGCUUGUGUUCGGUGUCGCCGUGUGUCUGAUGAGCAUCACUCUCAUCAUCCUGGGCUGGGCACGGCAGCACCCACACGCCAACACGCACAGCUGGCUCCACCGGGGGCUCAUCUAAGCGGCGCGUUGCGCCCCGUUGCGGUGGUACCAGCAAGGCCACAAUGGAGGCUAUUUCUGGCGCCGGCACGCGGCGGGAUGGGGAAACAGAUUUUGGCGCCAUGGGACCCCUCUGGGGCUAAAAUCUCCGUGGCUCAGUGCAAACACCUGUGACGAUCUGAGAGGGCUUGGCACGUAUGGGUGCCUCCUUUGCACGGCUUUUUUUUAUUGUACGGGUUGUCCAAAUAUUUUAUCGCCGUUCGGCGGCAGUGGGCACCCGAAGGUCUUGUCUCUCUCCUUUCGGUUGUAAGAUAAUUUGGAGUGCACAGAUUUGCACGUGACCCUUGGGUUCAUGAUAUUACGGUAAUGGUUAAUGUAAGGCACGCAGGCGUGUGUGCUGUUGCCCACGUGACAUUGCAUGGCAAUGGAGGGCGUGUAACUUUGUCUCUAAUAUGAGACUGUUGUGAUUCCAUGAGCGUCCUAUACUAAUUGUCUUCUAUUUGAAGAAGCUCUUUCACGUGCGCACGCAGAACUGUUGAAGGAAUGCGGCCCGAGAAAAUUAGAAAAAAUGCUUUCAUGCAGUAUAGCACUGUAACUAUCAGAAAGAUUGCAUGUGCUUUCAUAUCACGACCACAUUUGUGAAACUUUAAUUGAAUUAUCGAGCGUAUUAAAUGUUGUAUGUUUAUGGGUAGAUAUUUUACUGCACUAAUGUUUGUUUUAAAUAUGCACAUGUGUUUUCAACGCAUGUUUAAAUAUUCAUAUUUUUGGUUCUUUCGGUAAAGUCACGUAGAAGGGAAACAAUAAAAUACAAAAAAAUGUUCACUUUACAAUCUUUUUAGGAGGCGCACAUCGUCACUUGAAUAAAAAUUGCUGAUGAAUUGAAGAGAUUA